GAUGCAGUACUGUUUUAAAUUUCCCAAAAUAUAGAUAUUAGAAAGAAAUAAAUUGUUGCAGACCAGAUAUUAUAAUUGUGCAAUCACAAAAGAAGCCUGGAAUGUUUGGCCAUAUAGCAGGAACAGCUGCUGGUGUAGCUGCGGGCACAGUAAUCGGUGAUAAAAUUUCUGGUCGUAAUGAAUCAGCUGCAUCUAGUGAAUCUAUACAAGCUGAUGCUAGUAAUCCUUGCAAAUACGAGGAAGGACAAAUUCUAGAUUGUGUACAAAAUCAAACAGAUUUACAAGCUUGUGAAUUAUAUAAAAAAGCAUUAUUGGAUUGCAAACGUAAACAUAGUACGAUUUUAAUAGAUAUAUAUUUCUUUCAAUAGAUUAUUAUUAUUAUUAUUAAUGUUAUUAUUAUUAUUAUUAUUAUUAUUAUUAUUAUUAUUAUUAUUAUUAUAACAAAUGCCUCUUCGUAACAUAAACCAUCUCUUUACAGAUAUUAGAUGAAGACCAAAUUAUAUAUAUGUAUAUCUCAUAUGUAUGAAGACAAGAGAAAAUUAAUAAUCUAAAAUUGUAUUCUGUAUAAAUAAAGCCAAGCAAAGAAUUCGUUUUAUUCUA